CAUAACCUACAACAAGAGAUCCCCCAAAAAAUCAGCUUCUUUGUAUUGAUGCAAAAGAACCAGAGAGAAGUUAAAAAAAUUUUAGAAUUCAAUCGAACUCGCCACCGUGAACCGGUCUAGUCGUGCUCUAGUUGUCCCUGAUUGAUUGUCCAAUCAAUCAUCAACUCCCGAUCCUCGAACCUGAUCGUGAGUUCCGAUAGAGAAUUAAUCGUUAAUCAAUAAUUUUGUUGCUUUUAUUUAAUAUCUCAAUCAAUGAGGGUUUGUGAUUUGUCAAGGUCAAAGACUGAAUCAGGGGAUUUGGUCCCUGGGUUUCGGUGGGUCUAUUGAGUGCUUUUGUGGGUAGAUUUUUUGUUUUUUUAAAGCUCUCUCUUUUUUUUGUAAAAAAAAAAAAUUUUUUUCUGGAGGAAUUUGAGUGAUGCUGGACUUUAGGGAAGUUUGGGUUAGGGUUUUGGAGUUAGGUUUUUAGGAUUAGGGUUUUCUUUGGGAGGCAUGGGGAUGGAGGAUUCUGAGCUUGAGGAAGGGGAGGCUUUCCAGUACAAGGAUGACGACGACAACAACAUAGACCCUGAGAUUGCUCUCUCUUACAUUGAUGAGAAGAUUCAAAAUGUUUUGGGCCAUUUUCAAAAGGAUUUUGAGGGUGGGGUUUCUGCGGAGAAUUUGGGGGCUAAAUUUGGUGGUUAUGGCUCAUUUCUGCCUACCUAUGAACGAUCUCCACAAAGAAACUCUACUUGGUCACAUCCAAAGACUCCACAAAAAAACUCUAGCCCACCAAGAUCUCCUAAUAAUUUGCCUGUGGAGGGUACCCCCCAGAAUUUGAGAGUUCUCUCCAAUGUUCUUCCACCUGUAAAGCUUGGAACUUCUUCCUACAGUGCUAAUACAUUGCAUAAGUCAAGGUUGGAAUCUGGGGAUGUUUCUGUAAAGCAAGAUUCUGACUUAUCUUCUGCUCCAUUUUCUCAGAAGUCUCAUCUGAAGUAUGGGAACUCCAGCAAAUUGGGGAAUCCAUCUGACCAAAGAACACUGAAGGUUAGGAUAAAAGUGGGCCCUGAUAACGUAGCACGAAAAACUGCAGCUAUUUACAGUGGUCUUGGGCUCGAUAAUUCUCCAUCUUCAUCCUUGGGAAACAGUCCUGAGGACGAUGCACUGCUGCCUGUAUUCCAACAAAUUGCUGAGGAAUCUCCCUCUGGCAUUCUUCAGGUAAUGACGUCCUUUCCAGUCCCUAGGGGUACCCUAAUAUCACCUCUUCAUCAGAGUCUGCUCUGUUUGAUAAGAAAGGAGAAAUUGCCCAGAGAUAGUGAACUUAUGCCCUGCCUUAAGGGUACUCAGGACAAUUUUGCCUUUUUGGCAGAUGAGUCCAAACUUUUAGGAAAGAGUGAUAGGCCAGCAUGUAUGAAACAAGGGAAUGAUAGUAUUUUUGAGAAUAGUAAAGCUCUUUCAGCCAACAGAAAGUUAGAAAAUGACAAUGCAAAGAGCAUGAACGUUUUAUCUAAUGACUUGAAGAGCAUGCCUCGACUAGUUAAAACAGAUGGUGGUGAGACUCUGAAAGCUAUUGGAAUGUCAUCUGAAGUUCCAAGGGAGGCUGGUCAGGAUGGGGUAAGGGAUAGAAUGUUUUCUUCUGACUUCAUGAAGGAAGAUUCUUUGGAGUCCAGAUCUGGCCAGGACAGUGGCAAGGAGAAGAAAAAUGCUCUGAGUAGUUCGGCAGAAAAGGUUUUGGAAAAAAGAGGACUUAGUUGUGAUGGUAAUGGUAAAUCCAAGUAUAGUAAAUCUGUUUUUUCAAAAGGUUACUCUCAUGCAGCCAAAUGCAAGGAAGAUCUUAAGGUUGGAUCACUAGCUUCUUCAAAACAGAAGAUUGGUCAGCAAGAUCAGUUCUCCAUGCCUGGUGUGAAGGAGAAGCAAUUUUUGGAGGGCAAGAAAUCACAUGGCUCUGAAAGUAGCAAAAAUUUAGCUGCUGCUCCAGCAAAGGAAAGCUUCAGGGUUGGUGACAGUGAAGCACCUAAAGGUACAACUACUGUUAUUCAGGGUGUUUCUAAAAGUAAAAAUAAGAUGCACAAGCGGAAGUCACAGAAGGACAUUAUUAAGGCCAGAGAUAAUCAUAGAGGUCCUUUGGACUUGAAAUUAGAAAAGAAAAAUGGCCCAAUGGGUUUGUUGGAGAGGCCUUCUAUUAGUAGGCAGAACGACCAUUUCAUGGAUGAUCUUGAGAUGGAUCAACAUGCAUCUUUUAAUAAGUUGAGGGAAAAAUUUGAUGGUAAAAGAGUAGGUAACCAGCCAGUACCUGGGGCAUUGGUCAAAGAUGUUGCAUAUGUGGGCACUUCAAUACCUGGAAAUACACUUGCUUCCGAAGUGGCACCACCAGUUACAGCUCCUAUACUUAUAGAAGAAAAUUGGGUCUGUUGUGACAGUUGUCAGAAGUGGCGUUUGUUGCCCUAUGGCACAAAGCCUGAGCAACUCCCUGAAAAAUGGCUCUGUACAAUGCUGAACUGGCUGCCUGGAAUGAACCGGUGUGACAUCAGUGAGGAGGAGACAACAAAAGCUCUUAAUGCGCUGUAUCAGCUUCCUCAUGCUGUGGGUCAAAAUAAUCUGCAAAAUCAUGCAAAUAGAACUACAUCUGGAGUGCAUAUCCCACAUGUUGACCACAACCACCAAAGUCUUGAUUCCCAUGCUGCGCCUUUGCGAGGAAAGAAGAAGCGUGGUUUGAAGGAAAUGGGAAAGGCAGGUAGUGGCAUGAUCCAGUUAUUGAACUCAACAAAGAACCAGUACCAAUUGCAGGAAUCUGUGAAAAGCAGAAGCUUAAAUGAUAUGAACCAGUCUCCUGCAGAAGCAAAUCAAUUAAACAAAUCUAUUUUUCAUACUGUGAGUAAGUCACAUAACUUGAUUGCAGAGCAAAAAGAGAAACAUAUAGAUGGAGCAGGUGACACAAAGCAGGUAAAGAUAAAUAAGAGGGAGGCUGAUCAUUAUGGAUAUGGGACUUCUAAGAAAACUAAGAUCGAAGAUGAAUCCCAUAAUGAUAAAUAUUGUAAUUCUGAUAUGGACAUUGGCAGGACGUGUCAAAAUUCAAAGAAUGGGUCAUCAGCUAAAGCAAGUGGAAAGGACUUGUGGAAAUCAAAUGAGAAAUUUGAUAAAAAGGAAAAGCUACUAGUUUCUGUGAAGAAUCUGGGAGACCAAGGUCAGAUGUCGUCAGAUGGUGGGUCCUUGAAUGUGGGAACAAGUGACAAAAGAAAUAUUUCUAUGAAGAAAAGGAAAUUGAGGGAGUGGCAGGACAAUCAGAAUGGUGCCGACAGCAGUUUAAAUGCCAAGGAAAGAAGUGAGAGUGGAUUAAAGAAGGAAAAGAAAUCCAGGAUUUCGAAAUGUGGAUCUUCCAGUAUGAAUAACUGCAAUGAUAAAUUAGACAAAAAAGAGAAGGUGACUUCUCUUUUGUCAACUGGAAGUCAAGACCAUCUAAUUGAUGGUGUGGAAGCUGUAAGAAGUAUCCAUAAGGAUGAGCAAACAUGGAAACAUAGAAGAAAAUUUGCAUCUCAAAAAACUUUGGAUGGUACGAACUUGGCAAAAAAGGAUCGUGGACCUGGACAACUUUCAAUGACAGCCACCUCAAGCUCUUCAAAGGUUUCAGGUUCUCUUAAAACAAGAGCAACCUUUGAUGAUGUGAAAGGCUCACCGGUAGAAUCAGUUUCCUCAUCUCCUUUGAGGACUUCUUAUCCGCAAAAGUUAGGUUCAACUGGAGGAAGCAUUCUACCAAAAGAUGAUGCUAUAAAUGAGGGCCUUCCUGUAAAUGGUGAACCAAGAAGAUGCAGGGAUAGGGAAGUUGAUGGUCAGAUUAAUCGAUCUGGGACAGCAAAGAAGGAAAAAGUUUCUGCUAACCAUCUUCCUGAAUCCUCUAAACCUUCCCUACUAGAUUACCAGGAGGGAGAUGCUAAUCACAAAAUUAGUCAAACUAAAUGUUCUUCUGAUUUUCUUAAUUGUGGUGCUGAAAUCACAGAAUGUCGGGACUGCUCUAGUGAUAUGCUUGCUAUCAAAAAUGGCCAUGACAAGGACAGAGUAGGCAAGCACCACCAUGGCAAUGUGGUGUUUCCACAGAAAUUUGGCAAGGGUUCAUCUUUACAGUUGAAGGACAAUGAUAGAAGUUCUACAUCUGAUUUUGAUAGAGAUGAAAUGAAGGUUUCUGAACCAGUGAAUGCACAUGUUGAUUUUUUGAAGAAGAGCACAAGGAAUGAGUCAGAGAUUGAUGCAAGAUCUCAUGUGUCCUUGCUUAAAAGAAUGAACAACGGUAAACAAGGUAUUCCUGGUAAUCCUAGCAGCAAGUCAAAGUCAAAAAAGGAUGAGAAGCUUCGUGUUAGCAUGAGUGGUUCUAUAGGACAGUGCUCAAGAGAUGGCAGAAUGGAACACCCACCAAAACUACAAGGGCAUGAUGAUUCAGAUGCAAAAUUGAGUGCUAUUCACAUCAGGAAGUUGGACACUGCCACACAGGAAAACCUGAUCCAGGAUUUUGAUGGUGAAACUAAAACGGAUCCUAUACGAAAAGAUUCAAGAAGCAGGACUACAAAAUUAGCUGCACGUUCUGAACAAGAAGCUAAACAUGAGAGUCAGAGUCGCCAAUCAGCUUCAGCCUCCCAGCAGGAAGGAGCAUCUGUGAGGCAUUGGAUUCAUGUCUCUGGAAAUGGUGAUGUUUCAAAAGCAUCAAAGUACUUGGAAAAUCCUGUGACCAACAAUGAUUCUCACCAAAGUUCAGGUGACCAUAUGCUUGAUAUGAAAGGGGUAGGAGUAGGAGAUCUUAAUGCUCCGAGUCCUAGGAGAACAAAUUCCUCCAGCCAAACUGCUAGUAAUGCCCUGAAAGAAGCCAAAGAUUUGAGAGAUUAUGCAGAUCGUCUGAAGAUCUCUGGGUUUGGUUUUGAGAGUAAUGAAAUAAAUUUCCAAGCUGCUCUAAAGUUUCUCGAGGGAGCUUCUCUUCUGGAAACUUGCAACGAUUCAGGCAGACAAGGAGAGAUGACUGUAAUGCAAAUGUACAGCACUGCAGCUAAAAUUUGCGAAUGCUCUGCCUCGGAAUAUGAAAGACGGCAUGAAAUGGCUGCUGCUUCUUUGGCAUAUAAAUGCAUGGAAGUUGCAUACUUGAGGCUAGUUUACUGCAAGAAUUCUAGCUUAAGCCGAGAUCGAAACGAGUUGCAAGCAUGCUUACAAACUUUUUCCCAAGGUGAAUCACCUUCAUCUUCUGCAUCAGACAUUGAUAACUUAAAUAAUCAAGCAACAGUUGAUAAGGCUACAAUAUCAAAGGGUACAAUUUCUCAUGUUGCUGGCAACACUGUCAUUGUUGCACGAAACCACUCAAAUUUUCUUCGACUGCUUGACUUUACACAGGAUAUACAUUUUGCAAUGGAAGCCUCAACAAAAGCCCAGAAUGCUUAUUCAGCUGCUAAUGUAGCGUUGGAACAGGUGCAAAAUAGAGAUUGUAUUACAUCUGUUAAGAAGGUCCUUGAUUUUGGCUUCCAAGAUGUAGAGAAGCUCAUACUCCUGGUUCAGCAUGCGACGGAGGCUAUAACCCGAGCAGGUUUGGUUGGUGCUAGAGAUUAAGUCAACUCUGUAUAUACUGUGUGUUUUCUGGUUUAUUCCCCACAAUGGACGACAUCAGGAGAAGCAAUGUGAGGGAGCUGCCCACUAGGAGAUGUAAUUGGAAAACCUGCAGAGCUGCAGGUUGCGAGCAGCUCAUACCUCUCUGUACAUGUGUACAAAGUGAGAUUGAUUUGCAGAUUUUGUAAUGUAUUUUUUUGAGUAUUCAGCUUGUGUUUGGCAUGGAGUCAGGCAAAGGAUGCUCACCAUCAAGUUUUUUGGGUUGGGAAAAGAGGGAUAAAAUCCUUGUUCGACAAUACAAUUUGGAGAAUGUGUAAAAGUCAGUUCUAUGUUUGUUAUUUUUUUGGCUUCACUUGUUUGGAGCCUGAGAAAGAAAAUAUCUUAUAGAGACCGGAAAUUAUUAGGCAACCAUUUUGAGGAGGUUGAAUACUGAUACAAUGAUGACUGAUCAAUUUUUAUCAAGAGCAAACCAUUUUUGCCAUUUAUGUAAACAUUAAUGGAAUCAGAAUAGAAAAUGAAAUUCUUUGGGAAGGUUCUCUUAUCUUUCUAGAAUUUUCAAGCUUGAGAUUUGCUUUAACUAAUUGAGCCAGCAUCAGCUCCUCCUUGAUUGGAUCUGCAGGUUCUAUCCAUAGGGAUUCUUAUAAUUCAGUUUGAAGUCUUGGUAUUUGUUAUCCUCAGCUGACUUGAUGAAGAAUCUUCAAGUGACUUCAUUUAUAGAAUAGUUAGCUUGCAUAUCAGUUACUCCUAGAUCAAGAAUGAAGUUAUCUGUUGACCCUUGGAUAACAUCUUAGUUGCAGUUCAUUCAAGCAGCUGUUUCUGCAUAGUGAUUUAUAGGUAAAAGGUGUAUUUUCAUCUAUUUUGCUGUCAUUUGAGGUCUUUCUUUUGGGAUACAGGCAAAUAACAUCAUCCAUUUUCCCUCUAGAUUAUUGUCCAUAACUCCAUAUGCCUGUUCACUUUAUGAUUGUCAAUUUUCUGUGUUUCUAUAUCUUCUGUUCCGAGAUAGUUUUCUUCUAAACAAGAAAUUUUGUAAUAAUUUUUUGAAGGUGUUGUUUACUGUUCUCCCUACAUAGUAGAUAUUAUAAAAUUGGUGCACAAAUAUGUAUCUGACUACCUGAAUAGACUUUUCUGUUUGAAAUAAACCUGGCUUGAUUUAUAAGUAUCUCCAUCCCUCUGAUGCAAAGAAAAGCAAAGGGUCACAUGAACAAAUGGAUCCGAACAGUGAUUUUAUUACACAUAGCAACAUAUUUAAGAUGUACUAACCUUCUUUUCUAGAAAAUAGCAAGUUGCAAAGUUGUAGUGGAGGUGUUCUGUUUUUCUUAGUUUAUUUUGUAGGUACAACUGUACAAGUAGCCUGCGGCAAGAGGUGCAGAAUCUAGCAAAACUGGAGGCUUUCUCAAUUUUUUAAUUUUUUAUCUUCGGUAAUAAGUUGUUAAUGUUUUACCUUUGAUUGUCACUUAGAAUCAUGCACUGAAUUUAGUGUACAAAACCCAGUAAUUAAAUGGGUUCAUUGACUUAGACUUGGAUGCGUAAGAGACCUUGUUUGAAUUGGUAAUAUUGAUGUAGCAUUCAUGACUGUUCCCAAAUAUUGUGCUUCAUGUAACUUCCAAGUUAUUCAGUGAGAGAUACUGCCUGUUGAUUGUUGGAGGCAUUUAUCAUU